UUUAUAUUUCCCCUGCCUGAUUCAGGAGCUGCAAGGCACCAGCCAUGCUCCCUUCCCAGCCUCUUCUGCACACCGUGGUGCUGGCACUUGGUGUCCUGCAGACCCUGGCCUCUGACACCUUCAUCGCAGCGGUCUAUGAGCACACCGUCAUCCUACCAGAUGCCACGGAUGAGCCUGUUUCUCCUGAUAAUGCUUUGGCCCUCAUGAACAAAAACAUGGAUGUCUUGGAAGGGGCCAUCAAGGAAGCUGCCCAGCAGGGUGCCCACAUCAUUGUGACUCCUGAAGAUGGCAUUUAUGGCUGGCGUUUCACAAGAGAAUCCAUCUACCCCUACCUGGAGGAUAUCCCUGAUCCAUCAGUGAACUGGAUUCCCUGCACUGACCCCACAAGAUUUGCCCCAGCACCAGUGCAGGAACGACUCAGCUGCAUGGCCAAGAAUAACUCCAUCUAUGUUGUUGCAAAUAUUGGGGACAAGAAGCCCUGUAAUUCCAGUGAUCCCGGCUGCCCCAGUGAUGGUCACUAUCAGUACAACACCGAUGUCGUCUUUGACCCAGAGGGGAAACUGGUGGCUCGUUACCACAAGUACAACCUCUUUAGAGGAGAAACUCAGUUUAAUUACCCGAAAGAGCCAGAAGCCAUCACCUUUGAAACCCCUUUUGGGAAGUUUGGCAUUUUCACGUGCUUUGACAUCCUUUUCCACGAGCCUGCCGUGGUCCUGGUGAGUGAGUUGCAGGUAGACACAGUGCUUUUCCCGACGGCUUGGAUGAACGUCCUGCCCUUUCUGACUGCGGUUGAGUUUCACUCUGCCUGGGCUAUGGGCAUGGGUGUCAAUUUGCUUUCAGCAAAUACUCACAAUAUCAACAUGUCAAUGACAGGCAGUGGGCUGUUCACACCGGAGGGACCUGCUGCCUACCAUUACGACAGUGGGACGGAGGAGGGACGUCUCCUGAUGGCAAAGCUGAGCGCACGCCCCCGUCUUUCCCCAACUUACCCCCCCGCUGUCAACUGGAGCUCGUAUGCCACAAGCAUCAAGAAAUUUCCAGGAGAAAACGAGACGUUUUCAGGAGCUGUCCGGCGGGACAUAUUCACUUUCAAUGAACUCAGACACAAAGCUGGAAAUUAUACAGUUUGUCAAGGAGAUCUCUGCUGUCAUUUGAUCUAUCGGAUGUCAAACAAGAGCAAAGAUGAAGUUUAUGUCCUGGGUGCAUUUGAUGGGCUUCAUGGUUCUCUCAUAAAAUACCACUGGCAGAUCUGCACACUGCUCAAGUGCAAGAGCACAGACCUGAACACAUGUGGGCAACCAGUGGAGAUUGCGCAGACAAAGUUUGAGAUGUUCUCCCUCAGCGGCACGUUUGGCACCAGCUAUGUCUUUCCAGAAGUCUUGUACAGCGAGGUGCAGCUGGCUCCUGGGGAGUUUGAGGUGCUACGUGAUGGACGUUUGAAAAGUAAACAUGCCACAUCGAAACCGCUUGUAACAGCAACGCUUUUUGGAAGGCUUUAUGAAAAGGACCCACCGCAUCCCCUGCGAACCUCCCCAUAACUCACUCCUCAGCUGUUACACAGUUACCACAGACAGGAGGGGAAUUUCCCAUAGUGAUCCAUCUCUUUGAGAGCUGUGGCAGUUAUCCUGUAUCAUUCCUGUUCUGCAAUCUUGCUCAGCAGCAGCAGUAGUUGAGUUUAUUUAGAAGAAAGCAAUGUGAUCGCUAUUGUGUACCUAGAUAUAGGUAUAUUUUUUUAAUAGUGCUUGAGCCAGUGCAACUAUUUUUUUUAGUUUGAAUACUCUGUCACAUGAAAUCUUUAAUUAGAAAUUAUUGUUUCCCCAAAGAUAUCAAGUAGAUCGCCAGGAUGACAGUAGAAAAAAGUCCAAUACUGAAAUGUGUGAAACGUGAAGUUUGCUAAUGUACUGCAGAACAAAUCUUUGCCAAGGAAGCUUUUUUGGUCCCUUUUGCCCCUUCCUGGUUUUUAGACUGCAUAAGCACUAAGUAUCCGUGUCUCUCAGCCUUACACACCAACCAAUAAGGCCUUUCUAAUGCUCAGUGGGCUUUAGUCUCAUUCUGACCAAGGGACUUAAAAGGAAAAACAGAUUUGAAAUGGUUUUAGGUGCAACCUUAGAGAGAAAAAAUAAUCCUCUACAGUCCACCCAGGUGCUGAGUCUGGCUGAGCUCCGUACAGCAUGUUCAGUUCUGCAGUCUCUCUUAGUUCACACCACUUUGUACAUGGCAGAUAUGUACUGCGUCCAAUGCAUUUCAGAUCAGACUUACUGUGUAAACGUAGUAUGCCAGCACCUUCUCCUGGGCAUUUGGAAAAUUUCUUAAAGACUGUGAAAACAUAGGAAAUAGGCAAUGUUUUAGUACCUGAAACAUAUUUUACUAUGUAGUGUGAGAAGUGGGCAUUAUCUGGGACUUCUAGCCAUGGUAUGAAAAACUUGGCAGUCAUGGGCCUGAUUUCUUUCUGUCGUGUUCUGCAGCAAACAGACCUAAUUUGCACCACAUAUGCCUUGGAUUGGUCCUUGGCCCAAUGCUUAUCUCAUGGUCUUUUAUAUCUACUGCCUUUCACAUCACUGACUUGCAGCCUGCACCAUGCGUAGCACUGAGCUGCCCAAAAUGUGGCCCAUAAGAAAUGUGCUGUAGCUUCCCACACCAUGCACACCAACAGAUGUUAUCCAGAAAUCGCUGAAAUCACAUGAUUUCUGUUUUCCCAUGUGCUCUGCUUCUCAGCACACAACUUUGGAUGUUCCUUCCAGGACUUGUUUCAUCCUGUAAAUAAAACAGGUGAGCUUGUACUCA